ACUGUCAAAUCUCAAAAAUUUGAAAGAAAAAAAUGAAAAAGGAGACGAUCAUAAAUAAUAAAAUUAAUAUCGUGUGUAAAUAAAAGAAUGCCAGCAUUAAAUCAAAUAUUUCCAUUAUUAUUAGACGGCGCGUUAGUUUAAAAUAAAUAAUUGUCAUUGUUUCUUGCUGGUGUGUACGACGAAAGUAAGAUUGACCAAGACAACAUGGGUCAAACCCUCUCGGAACCAGUAACUGUUAAAGAUACAACAGUCGUAAGAAAUUCAACAUACAGAGUUGGUUCUAGUUGUAUGCAAGGAUGGAGAAUAAACAUGGAAGAUUCACAUACACAUAUUUUAGCUAUGCCCGAUGACCCUAAUACUGCCUUUUUCGGGGUUUACGAUGGGCAUGGCGGGGCCAAAAUUUCCGACUAUGCAGGAAAGCAUUUACACAAGUAUAUUGUUAAUAGGGAAGAAUAUAGUAAAGGCAAUAUUCCAGAGGCGCUGAAAAAGGCUUUUUUGGAACUAGAUGGGGUUAUGCAGGAUGAGGAAUCGCUAAAAACCGAACAAUCUGGAUCUACUGCCAUAGUAAUCGUUAUCAAGGACCAAAAGCUGUAUUGUGCUAAUAUUGGAGAUUCUAGAGCAAUCGCGAGCGUAGGCGGCGCUUUAGAAAAACUUUCCUAUGACCAUAAGCCGAAUAACACCGAAGAAUACGAGCGGAUCACGGAAGCGGGUGGUUGGGUGGAUUAUAAUCGAGUGAACGGCAAUCUUGCCUUAUCUAGAGCUUUUGGUGACUACAUUUUUAAAAGAGACACCAGCCGACCACCAGAAGAACAAAUUGUCAUAGCUUUACCGGACGUCAUAGAGAAAUCGGUAUCUGAGGAAUGGGACUAUUUGGUGCUGGCCUGUGAUGGGAUUUGGGAUGUGAUGUGUAAUGAAGAAGUAUUGUAUUUUGUUACGGAAAGUAUCGCCCAAGGCUUGGAGCCAGAGGAGAUUUGCGAGAACUUAAUGAUGCGCUGCUUAGCACCAGAUUGUCAAAUGGCGGGACUUGGAUGCGACAAUAUGACAGUUGUGAUCGUAGUUUUCUUACACGGAGGCACCUACGAGGACGUAAUAGAAAAAUGUAAGCGCCACCUAGCGAAUUUAAAAGAAAAAAGUGAAGAGCACCGUACCGAAGAAGGUAACACGAUUGUCCAAGAUGCCUCCCCAAAAAAAUAUAUUAAUCAGGAAAACGAUGAAGACGUAUCGGAAAAACCGGCAACGCCGCAGACUUGCAAAAGCAAAUGCGCAAUGUUGUCGUCCAGCAAUGACGUCGAUUAACCUUUUAUUUUGUUUUUGUUGAUAAAUUUAUUGUUGCCACAUUUUCAUGUCUUAACUUUUUUCACUACGACCACCACCUGCCAUAUUAGAGUAAUACUGUGUGUGCUUUAAACAAUCAUAUAACUAAUUAUAAUAAAAAUUCACAAAUUGUAUAAAAAUAAUAAUGUAGAUAUAUUUUUGUUACCUGGUUAGUAUGUGAACUCUAGUGGCGUUUAAACACUAUAGCGUUAUGUGUAUGUAGGUACUUAUUUCAUAAAAUCUGGUCGAAUUGAGUCCCAAUUUCAGGAUAGGGCUAGGUCGGACCAGGGUAAAUUUCAUUAUGUACAUUGUUCUUACUUAAUUUUAUAGUUAGCUUCACCAUUCACUCAUGAAUUUAUAUAUAGUGAAAUCAAAUUUUAUUACUUA